GAGCGCAACCUGAAACAUGAUUUCGACGCUUUUCACGGACUACCGAUGUCCGCGCGCACUAACCUUCUCCAUUCCGCUACCAACCUCAUGGAUAAUGCUCACCACGCCCUGCAUAACGCAAAACGCAAGUCCCGCAACCACUCUGACACCAUCACGCUCGCGGCGAAAGAGCUCAAUGUAGAUACCAAGUACGUGGAUCUGGUUAUCAGGUUUAUUGGGGCGUCGGAUCUUCCGCGGGUGCAUGUUAUUGGCACGACGAACCCGUGUUUUCGUGCUCAGCUUGACGACAAGGUUUCGUACAAGUCGUCUGUUAAGUCGAGUACCCUCUCCCCUGUUUGGGACGAGACCUGGAUCAUAAACAAAGUUCCUUCUACAGCUACCUUGUCCGUGGUAGUACGAGAGACAGAGACCGGAGCACUCGUAGAUAAUGAUAUCGGCUCUUUCCAGACCACAAUAAGCCCAGGUGUCAAAGAGGCCGAAAUAGUCGGGAAACGCCUCGGUCAAAAUAAAGGGUCGUUUUGGUUGAACAUCCAAUCCUCUCCGUCGGCUCAUGAUUCAAGAUCACUACCUUACUCGUUUGAUGGCCCGAUCCAUUAUUCUCGUCACAAUUCACCAACAAUGGGCGUUCUUACCAAUCUCAGGGACACGCAGCUGUAUUCGACAUGGAAAAUCUAUAUUAAAGGCAUCCCGCAAUUAUUUGGCGAUACGAUGCAACGAUGGAACCACGAUUACAAGGCCGCGCAGGCGAUUUUUCAAGGGCCUACAUCAAUUGCAGUGCGUUCCGCCCUAGUGGCUGGUCACCGCAUGUUGUACGCCCGGACCGUGUUGAAUAGUUUUGGGGUCAUCACAAGUGCCGAUGAUGUAUUCAAGCUGUUGCAUGACGGUCCGCGUCAGUUAUCGGGUGACGGCAGUCACGGAUUGACAAAUCGCAUCAAGCCUGCAGUGUACACGUAUGUUAUCUCCAAGGAGGACGAGACCUUCCGUUUCUCAGAAACAGGGGCGGCGUUCUUCGUAGACUUUGCGUCGAAGCACGCACUGCAUAGUAAUUGCGCAGAAAGCGUAGUCUACAGCGGUGAGUUCCACCCUCGCCCAGAAGGUGGCUGGGAGAACUUCUCCGAUUGCAUAGAUGAUAGCAGUGUGAGAUGGGAGUUGGUGAUUGAUAACAACUCUGGGACGUAUUCUCCUAAUCCCGAUCUGCUGGUAAAAGUGGCGCAGCUUCUGGAACUCAAUUUCGCGGGGAUCAACAUAGUUGUGCUAGCACAGGACGAUCCUGAGUUGAAGAAGAGUAGAGAUGCGUGCAGGGAAUAUGCUUUGACGAAACGGGGGGUGAAAGCGACGGAGCUGGAACCUCAUGCGACUGAGGGCGAGGAGACGCUAUCGCAUCGCGUUUUAAGGCCUAUGUAACCUGAUAUACUUAAUUAUUGAGGAUGAUGUCGUUGUCAGGUGUUAGAGAGCAGGUGACAUAAAGAUAAAUGGAAAUGAUCCAUAGUGCUGUAUUUAGU